GUGAACAAGUGUAGUUAAUCAUUCAACAUGAACCGUCGGAUUCGCGUGGCCGGAUUGCUACUGCUAGUGAUUGCAGUGGUCAAUGGCUAUCCCACUGUACGGAAGUCAAUUGAGUUUGACUGUACGGCUGAAGAAAAUCAAGGUGUCAUUCUGCCUCAUCCGGAUUCGUGCUCAAUGUACAAAAUUUGUUUCAACGGUGUUCUGGCAGAUGGUAGCUGCCCGGCUGGAUUAUACUUCGAGGAAAAUAGUCAAAGUUGUGAUGUACCGGAGCGAGUGAAUUGCAAUUUAGAUGACGAUGAUGAUGAUGAUGAUGAUGAUGAUGAUGAUGAAGUGGUAGAGGUACCAGAAGAUGAGCCCACAGAGGAAGCUCCUGAGGAGGAAGAAGAAGACACACCCGAAGAUGAGGAAGAAUCGACAGUAGAAGAAAACCCAGAAGAGGACAAAGAAGAAGAAACUCCAGAGGACGACGAAGAAGAAGAAACUCCAGAGGAAGACGGAGAAGAAGAAGGAGAGUUACCUAACGAGGAGGAAGAUGAACCUGAAGAAGAAGAAGUAGAAGAUAAUGAUGAGGAAGAAGAGCACCCUACUGAAGAGAUCCCCGGAGAAGAAGAAGAAACACCAGAAGAUGAGGAAGAAACACCAGAUGAAGAGGAAGAAAUACAGGAAGAGGAAACUGCAGAGGAAGAUGAAGAAACCCCUGAAGAAGAAGAGGAAACUCCUGAGGAUGAAGAAGAGACACCAGAAGAUGAGGAAGUUUCAGCGGAAGAAGAGGAAACUCCUGAAGAAGAAGAGGAAAAUCCUGGUGAAGAAGAAGCGGAAGAAAUUGAAGAAAUAGAAACUCCCGAUGAGGAUGAAGCAAAAAAGCAAGAACAAACAAAAAAUCAAGAACAAGCAAAAGAACAAGAACAAACCACUGAUUCAGAUGUUGAGGCAUCAGAUGAGGAAGCAACAAAUGAUGAAGCGUCAGAUGAUGAAGAAGUUAUUGAAAACGAAAACAACGAUCAACCUUCUAAUAACGACGAUGACGACGAUGACGAAGAUGACGACGAUGACGACGAUGAAGACGAUGACGACGAUGACGACGAUGACGACGAUGACGACGAUGACGACGAUGACGACGAUGACGACAAUGCCGACGAUGACGACGAUGAAGUCAUCGAUGAAGUUGACAAUGAAGACGACGAAAACAAUGAGGACGAGCAACCAAGCGAAGAAACUUCCGGCGAUGACGACGAAACAGUGGAAUCACCAGAAGAUGAUGAGGAGUCUGAGGUAUCUAUCGACACACCCGAUAACACUAUUCCUAUAAUUCCACCAGAGGAACUUCCAGAAGUGAAUCUUGAUGAAGACCUGCCGAAAAAGCCCCUGGAGCCAUAAAUCGUGACUCAUAAGUAAAACGAUGUUGCCAAUAUUUGGCAUUUUUUCUUAGUAAGUAAAUUAAACAAAAAUCUGUUCAUAUCAGUCGCUGAGCUUAGCGCAAAUAAUCACAACACAACAAAACUGAUGUGAAGUCAACUUCAAAUCUGAGUAAAAUCAUUCGUUUAGAAGAGGAUCAAAUGACUUCAAGCGAAACACUUAACCUUAUGUCAACAAGUCAUUAUAAAUCGGAGCAAUAAAACAACGCAACUGCAUGUGAACAAGGGCAGUUUUAUUUCUAUUCUCUAGUGAAUAUGAAGCCGCUUGCGACGUUUCAAUUUUUGUUUACUACUAUCGUGAUGUUCAAGGGAUCGUUUUGCCAGGAUAUCUUGCGUACUGGUACAUCUAUUUGCAAUGGAAUAUCAUUUGGUACUGUGCAAGAUCCCAUUGAUUGCCAAAAAUACUACGUUUGCAUGAAUUCUAAGGCAACCCACAUGUCAUGUCAACCGGAUUUUGUUUUUCAACCGGAAAUUUUAUUCUGCGUUCACAAAACACAGUAUGAUUGCUUAGAUGAAGAACCGACUACACAAACUUUGGUGGAUCUGGAAACUACAUCAAACUCCAAUCCUAUCACGGAGCCACCUACCGAUUGUACGGAUAUAUCAUGGGAAACAAUCUUCUGUCGCAGACAAAUUUCUGCUUUAAUCCGGAACCCAUUCAACUGCACUCAGUACAUAAAUUGUGACAACUCGCCUCCGCGUAAUCAGAAAUGUCCACCGGGCAGAGUUUUCAAUUUACCGUAUCAGGAUUGCUUCCCCGGGAACACACAAACUUGCGCUCUGAAUCUAGUGGAGUCCAGCUUUUGUAACGAUAGACCCGCUGGAAACUAUCCACACCCGUAUAUGUGUAAUCGUUUUCUUACCUGUUUCCGUGGAGAGCUUCAAGUGGAAACUUGCCCUCCAUAUUACCUGUUCGACAGAACUUCUCAGCGAUGUAAGCAUGGUGAAGUGCUAGUGUGCUCUUCCCUACUCAUGUGACGGGAAACGUGCUCAUUCUAGUGAAUAAUUGUUUAGAAAUUUCAAAAA